AUGGCAUCAACUCUACCAGCCAGAGCAAUCACAGGCCUCUACGGUCCAAAACCAAGCAUACAAAUCUCAUACCCGCACGCAGCUCAAGAGCCCUGGACAUGGACCGCUGAAGCGUCAAACAGCACCAUGGCCCCCAAGUUAGCCAGCUGCAUCACCAAUGGGGAAUCUGCAACAGAAGUCAAAUUCGCGGCACAAGGCUCCAAAGUCCUUGCCAUCAUCGGCCAUUCCGCUCUCAUAAUCAACUACGCACCUGGUAGACACAAAGACAAAUCAUUAGAGUACGGCGUCUGCUUGGAAGGAAAUCUAGGCAAUGCCCACACCCUGGAAUUACUCCCCGAUAACGUACUGGCCAUAGCCACGACUGGUCAGCAAAGCGACGCCGGAGUCUGGAUCUACGACUCCGCAAGCAAAGCCGAUGAUCCAUCUCCGAUACAAAAGGUGACCGGUGUACGAGCAAUCCACGGCAUGCUUUGGGACAAUGAGCAUCGCACGCUCUGGGUAGCAGGGACAACAGACGCAGCAGACGGAACAGGAGGUACGGCAUACGGCAUCAUUCAGGGGUAUGAGUACCGCAACAAGACUCUCCUCGAGUCAUUCAACUACACCAUGGCAUCCGCUAGUCAACUAGCUUCCGAGUGGAAAACCUACGCCAAGUGGUGGGACGGACCGCACGACCUCGUCCCCGUUCCGUCUGGGCGGAUGGUACUGAUGCCAACGGACCAGGAUAUUUACGCACUGGACUUGUCGACCGGGGAGUUCAAUAGCUCUGGAGAGCAGUUGGUCAAUGAGUAUCUUGGCGGCUUUCACUCGGUUGAUGGUGAUAGAGUGGGCUACGAUGGCGUGUCACGGCCUCGCUCCGAUAUCAAGAGUGUUAGUCUUUAUAGAGCCGGCGCGGCAGUUGGGGCGCUUUACACGCAGGCACAGUGGCGAGAUGAAGCAGCUAUCCCGAAACAGGUCAACUUCUUGGAUGCAAACGGCGCGUUGUCCGUGAUGUAUAAAGGACAGAGGGUUUACAGGUCCCGCUGGUUUGAGGAGGUUGAUGGCUGGCGGACGGCGUAA